AGAGUAAAGAGAGAUCAGUGACGUUUGCCACUGCGCGACAGGCGCGCGUUCAGCACGGUUCGAAACACGUCAUCGUCACAGUACUGAACUGAUUCUGAACUGCCGAAAAGCUGGGUUACGUUGCGUAGCGCGCAAACGGGGAAAGUGUUUGAUCGCCGGCGUGCGUUUCGUCGAUUUUGAAAGAAUUAUUUACGUAAUAUCGGUGAAUAAUAUUGUGGAAAAUUGAAUAUUCCAAUGAAUAAAAAACCGGGAGAAUUUAGCCCGGCAUUUUACUGCGGAUUAAUUUUUUUCAAAUCGCUAGAAUUCGAAAUGAGAAACGCGAACGGUGAUCGGUAAAAUUUGCGUUAGAAACUUCGUUAUUCGCGAGCGUAAUUACAUGUACGUAUACGGCUUCGAAGAGACAUGCCGUGUGGGUCGUGUGAAAAUUUGGAUUGAAAAUAAUCCGGUGAUACUUUGUGAUUAAUGAUCGAAUAAAAAUGCCGACUGGCGUCAAAUGCUUCAAGAAGUUUUUCAAGUACACCUGGCAUCCACAACAGAUGGAGAACACGAACUUCGACGCUCCGAAAUCGGCCGCCGAAAAGACCGGGGACACGGAAAUGAACGAAGUGAAGGUCUCCGUGCCAACGGCGAGCGUCGCGACGUCGACGCCGACGACGUCGUCGCCGGCUCCGGCGCCCGAGGGAAUUCCAUGCGGGAAAGGAGGGUGCAAGACGUCCAGGAGCCGAGGCGAGCCUCGGCCCGAAAGCCCCUGGCAUCAUCUCAAGACGAUAUUCCUCGUGUCGGUUAUUAUCGCCUUGGUUAUCUGGGUUAUCGUCUACACGUUACUGACUCAGUACCAGAUCUUAUGAAUAAAAUUUAUACACACAAAUAUAUACGGCCUAAAGAUGAUUGGCUUGAAAAAUGACGAUCGUCAGCUCGUAACGUCGGAAUAAAAUCUAUACGCGCAAAUCCGUCGUGUAGUUUGCUCAUCGCUGUGCGGUGAAAUUGUCCAUUGGAAAUUAUGACUAGGAUCUUUGAAGAGCUUUUAUCGACUGCACUCUCUCAGUCAAUCUCAUUGAUUAGUUGAAUAAUUUUUUUUUUUUACACACGUCCAAGCGCUUCCUCUCAAUUUUCGUUGAUAAGAAAAUCAAAUUUGUCAAGAUUAAAGUUAUUAUGUGGGAUUAUCUCAAGCUGGACAUAUUAUUGGUAUUAUUGGUGUUAUUGGAAGACACGAUUUUGUCUUAUUUAAUUUUGCAUGAGUCGAAAUUUCAGCGUUUAAGGAUAUGAUUUAAAAAAAAUUCUAUUACUGAGGAAUCGCCUUUUUAAAUUCCUUGAGGUAUAUUUUGUACAUAUUUAUGUUUUUUAUAAAUUUUCUUUAUUCAAACUAUUAUUGCAAUCAGAAUUUCCACCUUAAAAUGGACGCCUCAAUUUGUUUAUACGCGUGAUCUGAUACAUCGUUCUUUGAACGUUUUGCUACAAAAGAAGUAUUAAUAUAUUGAUAUAAUACAAUACGAAUGAAACAUGAAAAUCAGUCAAACUUGUCAGCAACGUCCGAUGCGUAUAAUAAAUCAGUCGUAAUAACCAUGAGCGAAAUUGUUUCGUAAAAGAUUCAUGGUUGCCCGUAAAUAUAGUAUCUAUUGUACAACAAUAAGCAUGGAGUUAAAUGAAUUUUAUUUUCUCUAAAAUGGACCGUUGGAUUUUCCAAGUUGUAACUAGAUACGAUGAGACCAUCGAUCCAUGCGACAGUGGCGAAGCCCACGUUUUUCUGAAUUAUCAAAUUUACGCUUAAAUCGGCAUUCGAUAAUAUUUACUGUUUGACAAAACGACCCGUAUACGAUUUUAAUAAAUUUUAAAGCUUCAAGUGACCACCGAAUCGAGUGAAACGAUGUUCGGGUCUAAUUUGAAGAAAACCACCCAAUUUCAAUGAUCAGAGAUAAUUUUGUAAGGCAAUUUUCAAAAUGAAUAAAAAGUCUGCAACAAUUACGGGUUAUACAUAUACAUCAAUUAUAGAGUGUAAAUAGUUUUACAUCGCCUGUAUACAUGUCAGGAAUUAAUACACACAUACAGAUUUAUGUACAUAUAUAUGCAUGAAUUUAAUCAGUGAAUAAAUAAUUUAUAUACUUUUCAUAGAAUUGUAAAUACCUAGCGCGUUUCAUCAUUUGUAAUGUAAAUGAUUAUUACGGAUUUAAGUAAUAACUGUAAAUAUGCCUAACAAUAAGUAUAAUUAGUGAUAUUUCUAAGAGAAAAUAAGUAGUAUACAUAAUACGCCUUGUACAUAAUAUGCCUACAUAGAAUAAACCGAUCGAGAACGAUCUAAUUACCAUGGAAAGUACAGAUCGUCGAUUGUUUUUAUCAACGAGCGAAAUCUGAAACUGUCAAUCGAGUCAAUUGAAGCGUCGCUGAGUCGCCGGCGAGUGAAUUGAUCACGUUUUGGUCGAGUUGUCUGAUAUUAUAAUUGGUCGAUACGAGUUUUCAAACCGAAUCCACGGUCUCGUCGGCGGUAAAACGUCCAUAGAAAAUUUACGCAGCUAAAGUACAGUGCAUGUCGAGAAAAACAAAGGUCAGUCAACGCAGACGCGAUUUAGAUAUUUUAAAACUGUCAAUUUUUGCGUAUGUACGUAUAAAAAUGGUAGAAUAAUAUACGAAUAUAGUGAGAGA